AUGAACAAUCCACCACAAAAUAUAUAUACUAAGCCAACUCGAUAUUAAAUUACUGAGGAAUAGAAAAUUUACGAAGAGGAUAAGAAUCGCACAACUUUCAGAAAAAUAUUAGAUGGGAUUUAAAACGAGGCAUACUAGGAUAGUGAAACUGGAAUGAACCUUAGACAAACUCUUUAAAUGAGAUAAAGUCAGUUCAAUCCAUUUACAAACAUGAACCUAAAUGGAGAUAAUCCGGGUGGUAGUUUCAAAGUAAGGACUCUCAAAAAAUCUACAAUAAAUUUUAGAAGUCAAAUUGGAUCUACAUCUACCAUAGGCUCAACAAAUGCUUAUGGGACUAAUUAAUAAUCUACAAAAGGGUUCAGCAAUUUUAAUACUUUCAAAAGACCAACUACUGAAAGUCAGCCACACAGAGGACCAUAACCUAUUAUACCAACAAUUAACUAUCAUCUAGAAUAAUUCAAGAAUGAUUAUAAAACUGAAAAAUAGGUAGAAAUCAAGGAUUGUGAAUCAGAUAUAGUCAAGGUUUAGGAGAGUUCUCUAAAGCAGCUUACAUCUAUCAUUAAACCAAAAAUGACAAAUGAUGAGGUGAGAAGAAUAGAUAAGAAUCUGUCAGUAUAGAAAAAUCUAAUAGAAAGAGGAGUAUCAAUGCCAAAAGUUAUUGCUCCAUUUUUCCCCAAUAAACGAUCAUAACAGAAUAAGAUCAUUUUUAAUGAGGUGUUUGUUGUACCUAAGCAAAAGGAACUAGAAAAGUUAAAACAAAUGCAAGAAGAUCAUCUUGAUUUACUUAGCAAUCAAAGAAUUAUUUAGCAUGCGAGAGAUGAAAAAAGAGAGAUGGAAAGGAUAAAAUAAAUGCAAAACUGUGAAGUUAACCAUAGUAAUAUGCUGAAUGACAGUUAGCAUGCUUUGAAAUAGUCUACUGUAAGAGGCUUCUCAAAGGUCAAUUCACCUGAAAAAUAAAUAAGAUUAGAUGAUGGAGGAGAAUCAAUACUUUAAGAGCUCUCUGUGGGUUAAUCAGCAGGAAAAUCUAAAUUUGAAAUGCAUGAAAUGGCAAAGUUGGAGUAAGAGGAGACCUUUGAUAUUAUUGAAGUAAUAAUGAAAAAAUUCAAUUCUGUUUCAAAUGAAAAGAAACAUAUGGGUACUUCCAAAAAAGCUCAACCUAAGACUCAAAGUUUUUUCUCUUAAUAGAUUCAUGUCUAAUGUCCAGAUGGAUAUAAUGCAACAGUUGCAGCUCCAUUAGCUCCUGGAUCUGGAUGGGCUCCAAGUAUUCCAGCUGGAAAUAAAAAUCUUUAUAAAGCUUCACUUUAAGAUAUGACAAUGAGAGCUCGUGCUGGAGUAUAAGUUGGUGAUGUUUAGAAAGAAGCUCAUAUGGCUUACUGUCUAGGAGUUUUGAAUGAGAAUUAAGAGUAAUAUGAGCAAGCUGUUAACUUCUUCAAAAGAUUCUUUUUUUGUGCAAGAAUGAUGGACGAUCCAGUAGGAUCUUCUUUAGCUUUAAACAGAAUUGGAGUUGCCUACUAUAAGAAAAAGAAGAUUAGCAAAAGUUUGAAAUUUCAUUCGAAGCAUGGUGAGUUUACUGAUAAGGAAAAUGUAUUUGCUUCAUUUUACAAUACUGGUAUUUGCCAACGAAUUCUAGGUUCUUAUCUAAAGGCUAUUGAUAAUUUCAAUAAAGCUCUUGAAUGGGCUCUUCAUAGAGAUAAAGCAAAACAAUUGAAUGAAAAUAAUCUAGCUGAAUAAUGCCUAUGUAAUGCAGGAAUUGCCUCAGGUAAUAUGAUGAUGAAUGAUCAAAAGAGAAUGAUGGAUCAGUUCUACAGAACUGCAGGAGCAAACGGUUUUGGAAUAAAUGCUGACUAAGAUGAUGAAUCAGAAGAAGAUGAAGAAGAAAAUCAAUGA